GAAUUAAACCAAAGCAAAUUUCGUUACAUGUAAUUUCGUCGAACAUCUGGUGCGCAACUUCACAAAACUCCUCCAAGGGUUUAAGGAUCUUUUUCGCGUCUGAACAAAAAGAGAGUGAGGAAGGAAAAAACCCAAAAAAAAAUGUCACUGCUUCGGAUUUUGUCGACUCUUCGCAGAGCAACACAUCGCACUUCACUUUCUUUCUCUUCUUCACGGAAUCCGAUCUGCACCACUUUUGCUAAUUCUUCACUCUCCCGGAAACCAAGGAUUUCGUAUCAGAAUGAUUACGGGGGCCAUAAGACGAAUUCACAUCUCUUGGAUCCUCGUCUUUGGAUUAUCUUUACAGGACAAGCUGCAAUCCUUGGGUUUUGUGGGAACUCUGUAUUGGCAGAGGAUGAGAGUGGGCUAGAAAAAAUAGAGGAUGGUUCGGUUGUGUCUAAUAUACACACAUCUAAGUGGAGGGUGUUUACUGAUAGUGGAAGAGAUCAUUUCUUUCAGGGGAAACUGGAGCCGGCCGAGAGGCUUUUUGGUUCGGCAAUACAGGAAGCUAAAGAAGGUUUUGGAGAGAGGGAUCCACAUGUUGCAUCUGCAUGCAACAAUCUGGCAGAGUUAUAUAGAGUCAAGAAAGAAUUUGACAAAGCAGAGCCCUUAUACCUGGAAGCUGUUAGUAUCUUGGAGGAUUUCUAUGGUCCUGAAGAUGUGCGUGUUGGUGCUACUCUCCACAACCUUGGACAACUCUAUCUUGUCCAGCGAAAACUUGAGGAAGCUCGUGCGUGCUAUGAGCGUGCUUUAAAGAUGAAAGGCCGAGUCCUGGGACAUAAUCAUACUGAUUUUGCAGAGACAAUGUAUCAUCUUGGAACGGUAUUACACCUGCAAGGAAAAGUUACAGAUGCGGAAGCACUUAUUCUGGAUUCUCUUAAAAUACUUGAGGAAGGUGGUCAAGGAGAGUCCAUGACAUAUAUCAGGAGACUGAGAUAUCUUUCUCAGAUAUAUAUACGAUCCAAUCGUCUGGCUGAGGCUGAAAACCUUCAGAGGAAAUUUUUGCACAUGAUGGAAUUAUCAAAGGGAUUGAACUCAAUGGAGGCUAUAACUGCAGCUGAAGCAUUAGCGCUCACUUUACGAUUAUCUGGGCAGCUGGGAGAAGCUCUAGAACUUUUUGAAAAGUGUCUCAAUGCCCAAAAGAAAUUACUUCCAGAAGGACAUAUCCAGAUAGGUGGAAACUUGCUGCACAUCGCGAAGACAUUUAUGCUUCAGGCUAGUCAGUUGGGAAGAACUAAUAUCAGUGAAGCUCUAUUCAAACUAGAAAAAGCGAAGAAUUAUCUUGAAAACUCAACAAGGAUAGCAAAAGACGUUCUGCUUAAGUUGAAAAAUCAAAAGAGCAAAGCGCAGAAACACGAAAAAGCAAGUGCGACUCUUAGGAAUUAUGAACAUGCAGCUUUAGUUAUAUUGCUGCAAUCUUUUGAGAGCCUUGCAGCUUUAGAGACAAGCAAAAAUGAGAUCCAGGAGCCAAAGGAAACAAAUCCGCAUGCAGCUGAAGAAACCCUUCUCCAAUGUGUUUCAGCUUACAAAGAGUUUGGUAGUGGAACUCAGCUGCAAGAUUCUCCUGAAGUAAAAUCUGAAUACCUUUCGUGUCUUAAGCAUCUCUCAGCUUUAUUAGGCAACAAAGGGACGACGCUCGACUCAAAGGAUAGUCCUAUUUCUUUACCAGAGCUGAAGGAAGAAGUUACAUGAGUUCCUUUUGGAAAAAAAAAAAAAACCAACUAAAUUUUUUUAUUUUAUUUUUCCUGUAAAAGUUAAAAACUAAGAAAUAUCCUCCAAAAUAUUUGUAUUUUAGUUUCUAAAAUAUAUAAUACGUUGUUUAAUUGAGAACAAAUAUAAAUUCGAAUUUUUUGUAUUCA